UGGUGCCAUUCCAAACCCACAUAAGUGCAAGAUUCUUCACUGCACUUUUUUAUGAGAGAGGCUAAACAGUAAUUAAGAGGUGCAGGAUGAAAAGAUGGCACAAUCAGUGCUGGUACCACCAGGACCUGACAGCUUCCGCUAUUUCACAAGAGAAUCACUUGCAGCUAUUGAGCAGCGUAUCAUUGAAGAAAAAGCUAAAAAAUCCAAACAAGAACGCAAAGAUGAUGAUGAUGAAGAUGGCCCAAAGCCAAAUAGCGACUUGGAGGCAGGAAAGACACUGCCGUUUAUUUACGGCGACAUACCUCCAGGAAUGGUGUCCGAGCCCUUGGAAGACCUGGACCCAUAUUAUAUCAAUAAAAAAACCUUUAUAGUAUUGAAUAAAGGGAAGGCAAUAUUCCGAUUCAGUGCCACCUCUGCCCUGUACAUGUUAACUCCUUUCAAUCCUCUUAGAAAAAUAGCUAUUAAGAUUUUGGUACAUUCAUUAUUCAGCAUGCUUAUCAUGUGCACUAUUUUGACCAACUGUGUAUUUAUGACCAUGAGUAACCCUCCAGACUGGACAAAGAAUGUAGAAUACACAUUCACUGGAAUUUAUACCUUUGAAUCACUUAUUAAAAUUCUUGCAAGGGGCUUCUGUUUAGAAGAUUUUACAUUUCUUCGAGACCCAUGGAAUUGGCUAGAUUUCACUGUCAUUACAUUUGCAUAUGUGACAGAGUUUGUGGACCUGGGCAAUGUCUCAGCGUUGAGAACAUUCAGAGUUCUCCGAGCUUUGAAAACAAUAUCAGUCAUUCCAGGCUUGAAGACUAUCGUGGGAGCCCUAAUUCAGUCUGUGAAGAAGCUCUCAGAUGUUAUGAUCCUGACUGUGUUUUGUCUGAGUGUAUUUGCACUAAUAGGGCUGCAGCUGUUCAUGGGCAACUUGAGGAAUAAAUGCCUGCAGUGGCCUCCAGACAAUUCUACUUUUGAAACAACUGUUAUUUCCUACUUUAAUAGCUCUAUAGGUGAAAAUGGUACAUUUAUUAAUACAACAAUGACAACAUUUAACUGGGAUGAGUACAUCGAAGACAGAAAUCAUUUCUACUUCUUGGAAGGACAAAAUGAUGCUCUGCUGUGUGGCAAUAGCUCAGAUGCAGGUCAAUGUCCAGAAGGAUAUAUAUGUGUGAAAGCUGGUAGAAACCCCAACUAUGGCUACACAAGUUUUGAUACAUUCAGUUGGGCAUUCUUGUCACUGUUUCGAUUGAUGACUCAGGACUUUUGGGAGAAUCUUUACCAGCUGACACUGCGUGCUGCUGGGAAAACAUACAUGAUAUUUUUUGUUUUGGUCAUUUUCCUGGGUUCUUUCUACCUGAUUAACUUGAUCCUGGCUGUGGUUGCCAUGGCCUAUGAAGAACAGAAUCAAGCAACCAUGGAAGAAGCAGAGCAGAAAGAGGCAGAAUUUCAGCAAAUGCUGGAACAACUGAAAAAGCAACAGGAAGAAGCUCAGGCAGCAGCAGCAGCUGCAGCAGCUGACUCAAGAGAUUAUAGUGGAGUAGGUGGAAUAGGUGGAUUCUCCGAAAGUUCUUCUGAGGCAUCAAAACUGAGCUCAAAGAGUGCUAAAGAGAGGAGGAAUAGAAGAAAGAAGAAAAAGCAAAAAGAACAAUCUGAAGGCGAGGAGAAGGAUGGGGAAGAAUUUCACAAAUCUGAAUCAGAGGAAAGCAUCAAAAGGAAAGGUUUCCGAUUUUCCAUUGAGGGGAAUAGACUGACAUACGAAAAGAGAUUCUCUUCCCCACACCAGUCUUUGCUGAGCAUUCGUGGCUCCCUGUUUUCCCCAAGGCGCAACAGCAGAACAAGUCUUUUCAGCUUCAGAGGUCGAGCAAAGGACGUAGGAUCAGAAAAUGACUUUGCUGAUGAUGAGCACAGCACUUUUGAAGACAAUGAGAGCAGAAGAGACUCUCUGUUUGUUCCUCAUAGACAUGGUGAACGGCGCAACAGUAACAUUAGUCAGGCCAGUAGGUCAUCCAGGACAGUACCUCCACUUCCAGCAAAUGGGAAGAUGCACAGCACUGUGGAUUGCAAUGGAGUAGUUUCUUUAGUCGGUGGGCCGCCAGCUCUGACGUCACCUACUGGACAGCUUCUGCCAGAGGUGAUGAUUGAUAAAGCAGCCACUGCUAGCAAUGGCACUACUACAGAAACUGACUUAAGAAAGAGACGGUCUAGUUCUUAUCAUGUUCCUAUGGACUACCUAACAGAUCCUAGUGCAAGGCAAAGAGCAAUGAGUAUAGCCAGCAUGCUUACAAACACAAUGGAAGAACUGGAAGAAUCCAGACAGAAAUGCCCACCAUGCUGGUAUAAAUUUGCUAAUACUUGCUUGAUUUGGGACUGCUGUACUCCCUGGCUGAAAGUCAAACAUAUUGUAAAUUUGAUUGUGAUGGACCCAUUUGUUGAUCUGGCCAUUACUAUCUGCAUUGUCCUAAACACCCUGUUCAUGGCCAUGGAGCACUAUCCAAUGACAGAACAGUUUAGUGGUGUGCUUUCAGUAGGAAACCUUGUGUUUACUGGAAUUUUCACAGCAGAAAUGUUUCUCAAGAUAAUUGCCAUGGAUCCUUAUUAUUAUUUCCAAGAGGGCUGGAAUAUUUUUGAUGGUUUUAUUGUGAGUCUUAGUUUAAUGGAGCUUGGCCUUGCAAAUGUAGAAGGAUUAUCUGUCCUUCGAUCAUUCCGAUUGCUUCGAGUUUUCAAGUUGGCAAAAUCUUGGCCAACUCUAAAUAUGCUGAUUAAGAUUAUUGGCAACUCAGUGGGGGCUUUGGGAAAUCUGACCCUGGUGCUGGCCAUCAUUGUGUUCAUUUUCGCUGUGGUUGGAAUGCAGCUGUUUGGGAAAAGCUACAAGGAAUGUGUCUGCAAGAUCUCUAGCGACUGUGAACUUCCACGCUGGCACAUGCAUGACUUUUUCCACUCUUUCCUGAUUGUAUUUCGAGUGCUGUGUGGAGAAUGGAUAGAAACAAUGUGGGACUGCAUGGAGGUUGCAGGCCAAACUAUGUGCCUUACGGUCUUCAUGAUGGUCAUGGUGAUUGGAAACCUAGUGGUACUCAACCUCUUUUUGGCCUUGCUGCUGAGCUCAUUUAGUUCAGACAACCUUGCUGCUACAGACGAUGAUAAUGAAAUGAACAAUCUACAGAUUGCUGUGGCAAGGAUUCAGAAGGGAAUAGAUUAUGUGAAGAGAAAAGUGCGUGAAUUCAUCCAAAAAGCCUUUGUUAGAAAGCAGAAAGUUUUAGAUGAAAUCAAACCUCUUGAAGACCUAAACAACAAAAAAGACAGCUGUAUUUCCAACCACACAAUAGUAGAAAUAGGUAAAAACCUUACCUAUCUUAAAGAAGGGAAUGGAACUACCAGUGGCAUAGGCAGCAGCGUGGAAAAAUAUGUUGUUGAUGAAAGUGAUUACAUGUCAUUCAUAAACAACCCAAGUCUCACUGUGACAGUGCCAAUUGCUGUCGGGGAAUCAGAUUUUGAAAAUUUAAAUACAGAGGAGUUCAGCAGCGAGUCAGACCUAGAAGAAAGCAAAGAGAAAUUAAAUGCAUCCAGUUCAUCAGAAGGCAGCACAGUUGAUAUCGGACUACCUCCAGAAGGGGAACAGCCAGAAGCAGAACCUGAAGAAGCUCUGGAGCCAGAGGCUUGUUUUACAGAAGGCUGUGUGCGGAGAUUCAAAUGCUGUCAAGUCAGUGUAGAAGACGGGAAAGGGAAAAUCUGGUGGAAUCUUAGGAAAACCUGCUAUAAGAUUGUUGAACACAACUGGUUUGAGACCUUCAUUGUCUUCAUGAUUCUUCUCAGCAGCGGUGCUCUGGCGUUUGAAGACAUAUACAUAGAGCAACGUAAAACUAUCAAGACCAUGCUGGAAUAUGCUGACAAAGUUUUUACUUAUAUCUUCAUUCUGGAAAUGCUUUUAAAAUGGGUGGCUUAUGGCUUUCAAACCUAUUUCACUAAUGCGUGGUGCUGGCUGGACUUCCUGAUUGUUGAUGUCUCUUUGGUUAGCUUAACAGCUAAUGCCUUGGGCUACUCAGAACUUGGUGCGAUUAAAUCCCUUAGGACACUAAGAGCUUUGAGACCUCUAAGAGCCUUGUCGCGAUUUGAAGGGAUGAGGGUGGUUGUGAAUGCCCUGUUAGGAGCGAUUCCAUCCAUUAUGAAUGUGCUUCUUGUUUGCCUUAUAUUCUGGCUGAUCUUCAGUAUCAUGGGAGUAAAUCUAUUUGCUGGAAAAUUUUACUACUGUGUUAACACUACAACUGAUGAGAGAUUUGAUAUCAGCCAAAUCAACAACUAUAGUCAAUGUGAGGAGCUCAUAAAAAACAAUGAAACUGCCCGAUGGAAGAAUGUGAAGGUUAACUUUGAUAAUGUAGGCCUUGGUUACCUUUCUCUGCUUCAAGUGGCUACAUUUAAAGGAUGGAUGGAUAUCAUGUACGCAGCUGUGGAUUCUCGUAAUGUUUUGGAUCAGCCUAAAUAUGAAGAUAACCUGUACAUGUAUCUUUACUUUGUCAUCUUUAUCAUCUUUGGAUCAUUCUUUACCUUGAACCUUUUCAUUGGUGUCAUCAUAGACAAUUUCAACCAGCAGAAAAAGAAGUUUGGAGGUCAAGACAUUUUUAUGACAGAAGAACAGAAGAAAUACUACAAUGCAAUGAAAAAAUUGGGUUCAAAGAAACCACAAAAGCCUAUACCUCGACCAGCAAACAAAUUCCAAGGCAUGGUCUUUGAUUUUGUAACAAAACAAGCAUUUGAUAUCAGUAUCAUGAUACUUAUCUGCCUUAACAUGGUCACAAUGAUGGUAGAAACAGAUGAUCAGAGUGAAGACAUGGAAAACAUUUUAUAUUGGAUUAACCUGGUGUUUAUUGUACUUUUCACUGGAGAAUGUGUCCUGAAAUUGAUUUCACUUCGCCAUUACUACUUUACUAUAGGCUGGAAUAUUUUUGAUUUUGUGGUUGUCAUUCUCUCCAUAGUAGGUAUGUUCUUAGCUGAGAUGAUUGAGAAAUAUUUUGUAUCCCCCACACUAUUCAGAGUCAUCCGACUUGCCAGAAUCGGUCGAAUCCUGCGUCUCAUUAAAGGCGCUAAGGGAAUCCGCACUCUGCUUUUUGCUUUGAUGAUGUCUCUUCCUGCUUUGUUCAACAUUGGUCUGCUGCUGUUCCUGGUCAUGUUUAUCUAUGCGAUAUUUGGCAUGUCCAACUUUGCCUAUGUUAAGAGGGAAGUUGGGAUUGAUGACAUGUUCAACUUUGAAACGUUUGGCAACAGCAUGAUCUGCCUGUUUCAAAUUACCACAUCUGCUGGCUGGGAUGGUUUGCUGGCCCCAAUUCUUAACAGUGGGGAGCCAGACUGUGACCCCCAUAAAGAUCAUCCGGGGAGCUCCGUGAAAGGUGACUGCGGCAACCCUUCCGUUGGGAUUUUCUUCUUUGUCAGCUACAUUAUCAUAUCAUUUCUGGUAGUGGUGAACAUGUACAUUGCUGUGAUUUUGGAGAACUUCAGUGUUGCUACUGAAGAAAGCGCUGAACCCUUGAGCGAGGAUGACUUUGAGAUGUUCUAUGAAGUCUGGGAGAAGUUUGAUCCCGAUGCAACACAGUUCAUAGAGUUCAGUAAGCUAUCAGAUUUUGCAGCUUCAUUAGAUCCUCCUCUUCUUAUAGCAAAACCGAACAAAGUCCAGCUUAUUGCAAUGGAUCUGCCCAUGGUAAGCGGUGACAGAAUUCACUGCCUUGACAUCUUGUUUGCUUUCACAAAGCGUGUUUUGGGGGAAAGUGGGGAGAUGGAUGCCCUCAGAAUACAGAUGGAAGAUCGGUUUAUGGCAGCCAAUCCUUCAAAAGUCUCCUAUGAACCAAUUACAACCACAUUAAAGCGAAAACAGGAGGAGGUAUCUGCUGUCAUUAUUCAGCGUGCUUUCAGACGUCACCUUUUAAGGCAAAAAGUUAAAAAAGUUUCGUGUAUAUUUAAUCAGGAUAAAGGUAAAGAUGAGGAUGAUCUGCCCAUGAAAGAAGAUAUGAUUAUGGAUAAACUGAAUGAGAACUCUACUCCAGAAAAAACAGAUAUGACCCCAUCCACAACCUCCCCACCAUCCUAUGAUAGUGUAACAAAGCCAGACAAGGAUAAAUAUGAAAAGGACAAAUCAGAAAAAGAAGAUAAAGGUAAAGACAGCAGGGAAAGUAAAAAGUAA